GAUUCCAUUCCCAGAUUAAGAAGUGUAUAUAUUUGUACACCAUAUAUGAUAUAUCGUCCUAAAUAAAUUCCAAAUCCAAUCAAUUAAGCAAAAUAUGGAUGUUCCUCAACCUCACGCAGUGAUUUUGCCCUUUCCGGCACAGGGCCACAUCAAGCCCAUGCUCAUGCUAGCAAAGCUUCUUUCCCAUGCCAAUUUCUAUAUCACUUUUGUAAACACACUCGACAUCCACAACCACUUCCUCGAAUUAAUCAACCAAACCACCUUCAACAACCUCUUUCCUAGACUACGUUUCAUGGCCAUUCCUGACGGACUUCCACCGGAACAUCCACGCUCCGGUCCCCAAUUCAUCAGAGACUUGUUCAUCUCUAUUUUGUCUGCCGCGCCCAAGCACAAGUUCAGGGACCUAUUGCUUUCACUAAUUAAUGGCCCAGAAACAGGAGGAGGACAGUGGUCGACGCCCACAUGUGUAAUAGCAGAUGGACUCAUUUCAAUUUUAGCCAUUGAUGUAGCAGAGGAGCUCCACAUUCCGGUCAUCGCUUUUAGAACUGUCAGUGCUUCCAGCUACUGGGUUUAUUUAAAUAUCCCAAAACUCAUUGAAGAAGGACUCAUUCCAUUCCAAGGGGAUGAUGACAUGGAUGGACUUAUUACUUGUAUUCCUGGAUUUCAAAGCCUCUUGCGACGAAGAGAUCUUCCAAGCUUUUGCAGAUUUGAAUCAAUUGAAAACCCAGUUUUACAAUUCUUCAUCAACCAAACCUUGGCCAUGACUCGAGCUUCUGCUCUCAUACUCAACACUUUUGAUGGACUGGAAUCACCCAUCAUCUCUAAACUCCUCUCUUUCUUCCCCAAAAUAUACACCAUUGGUCCUCUCCAUGCUCUCUUGGAGUCUCGAAUCAAAGAUCAUCUAUUAUUGUCUCAUUCUUCAUCAAAUGGUAGUUUGAGAGAACAAGAUAGGACUUGCCUCGCAUGGCUUGAUUCUCAGCCGUCCAAAUCAGUGGUAUACAUCAACUUUGGAAGUCUGGUGAUGAUCACUCCUGACCAAUUGAUGGAGUUUUGGUAUGGUUUGGUUAACAGUGAAAAACCAUUCUUGUGGGUCAUAAGGGAAGACUUGCUUUUGGGGGAGGAUAUGGUGAAUGAGACUCCACAAGAGCUUACGAUGAGGACUAGGGAAAGAGGGUGCAUAGUGGGUUGGGCUCCACAAGAGGAAAUUCUGGCCCAUCGAGCCGUUGGUGGGUUUUUGACCCACAGUGGGUGGAACUCAACUUUAGAGAGUAUCUGGGCCGGUGUGCCCAUGAUUUGUUGGCCACAAUUGGCCGACCAACAAGUAAACAGUAGGUGCGUGAGUGAGUUGUGGAAGCUUGGGAUUGAUAUAAAGGACACGUGUGAUAGAUCAACGGUUGAGAAGGUGGUGAGAGAUUUAAUAGAGGGUAAGAGAGAGGAGAUCAUGAAAUCAAGUGAUGACAUUGCGAGAAUGGCUCGUGACAGUGUUAGGGAAGGUGGAUCCUCUUAUUGUAACUUAGAGAAGCUAGUUGAUGACAUUCGAUCAUUCAUGUCAUCAUCACAGUAUGCUUCUUCUGAAUGUAACGAGGGAAGAAAAUUGUAGUGUUGAAAAAUGUAUUUUGUUUUCUAUUUGAUUUAUAGACUUUAAUUUGUGACUUUGUUUA